AUGAAAUCUGCUUGGAAGAUCCCCGGCAUCGUUUCCGACCUCAACCCUCCGACGUUCACCUCCAGUGAGCUUCCCCCGCCUCUUCCCGUCCCUCCUGACCCGCCUGACCCAAACCCUUCCCUCUCUCCGAUCAUUUUCCCUCCCCUUUCCUCUGCUUCUGCAACUGGUUCCAAAUCCUCUCUUAGGAAUGGUCCCCAAACCCCUCCUCUUACCUUCUCUUAUGUGUUACCAGUAAACUGUACUUCAGUAGACCCUCCUGCUAGUUCAUUUCCCCUCCAAACUGAUUCAAUAGGCAUUUUGUCUGUUAGAUCUGAAACUACUGUUCAUGUAACAGUUGCAGAAACCCCUUUUAGUAACCAACAUGUAACCUUAACAGCCACUCAUCUCCCUCUCUCCUUGCCUGUACAACCAGAAUCAGCUCAUCCCAAAUCCCUACUUGCGACCCCACCUGAGCCCACCCCCUCGUCCUCCGUUCCUGAUGCUUCAAACCGUCCCUAUCAGGCCUCUCAGCCUCCCUCCCUGGUGGAAAGAAUCCGUUUAUCUGAAGACAUAACACUUCAGCGGCUUGCUCCUGUUUCUCUUUCUGCGUCGGGACGGCCUCGUGUGCGUAUCUCAGAUGAUAUUUUCCAGAUUGGUGCAAACCUUCACAAGGAUUUUAUUGUUUGUUACUACAAUGGAAAAGCUCCUCCUUUUAAUCAGAUACAAAGUGUACUUACCCAUAUGUGGGGCAGAGGGAAGAGACUUGAACUCCACAACAAUCCUCUCAACCGCUCCACCACUGUCAGGAUUCCUUGUGACUUCUUGAGAGAGAAGAUCUUGGACAAAUGUAUCUGGUAUGUAGGAGAGACAAUGUUCCACACGGCUCCUUUCUCAGAAGCGCACUCAGCAUCAACCCCAUCUCUGAAAGCCAUAAAAAUCUGGGCUCAUCUCACUGGAGAACCGAAAGAGACGGAUGACUUCACGAAAAACCUUGUGAGCUUAACUCUGUCUCAUGUGAAAGUUGAAGUUGACCUCACAAAACUUCUACCAUCUGUUGUCGAAUUUGAAAGAGAUAGUGGAGAAGUAGUUGAAGUGUUGGUUCACUAUCCUUGGGUUCCUUCAACAUGUAGCCACUACAAAGAACUAGGACACGUGGUCAGGAACUGUCUCACCUACACCCUUCCUCCGCCCCUUGUGCCUCCUGCUGAUCAAACUAAGGCUCAAGGAAAAAAACCUUUAAACCCUGAAACAAACCCCUCCUCCUCCUCCCACCCAACUCGAAAGCAAACCACUAAUAAAAAACCAAACUCAAAAAUGCCUUCCCAGAAAUAUGUCCUUGUUCUAGGGAAUAAAUUAUCAACUUUGUCAACCACCAACCCUACUGAUUCCUUCUCCACUCCUCCCACCACUUCUGCAAUGCAAGUAGACUUACCUGAGAAAAAUUUAUCUACAAACCUCCGUGGUCUGAAUGACCCGGUUAAACAUCGGCCUUUUUCUUCUUGGCUUCUUACCUAUAAGCCUCUUUUUGGUGCGCUUCUUGAAACUCAUAUAAAGGAACUAUCUCUGGCUCCCAUUAUGUCCAAAAUAUGUCACAACUGGAACUAUGUCUCAAAUCACUCCUCAGAUGAAGAUGGAAGGAUAGUACUGAUCUGGAAAGACCCGCUAAGGCUACAGGUUGUGAAACAGAGCAGAAAAUCGAUGACCUGUACCUUUACUCUCCCUAACCAGCAGCCUAUAUAUUUCACCUCUGUCUAUGCGGCGAAUACAAAUGAGGAAAUGAUAGACCUGUGGGCGGAACUGAUACAGCUUCACUCUACCCUAGACCUUCAAACCAAUCAGUGGAUUAUAGGUGGUGACUUUAACCAUAUUAUCUAUCCUACAGAGCAUUCUUAUCCUACUAUUGUAGUUCCUGAUUCACUCAUGUAUCAACUACAAGAUUGCUUUACUCACUGUGGGGUUUUUGAUCUGAGAUACAAUGGUCCUUCUCACACUUGGACAAACCACCAGCCUGAUUCACCGAUAGGAAAAAAACUAGACCGUCUUCUUGUGAACCACCCCGUCAUCUCUUCCCACCCCCAUGCCUUUGUCUCAUUCCUUCCCCCGCUUUUCUCAGACCACUCUCCCUGUUUACUGGACCUAGCUUACUCCCUUCCCACAGCCGAAACCAAGCCCUUUAAAUUCCAAAAUUACCUCACUAAACACCCAAACUUUCUGGAGGUCAUAUCACGUGCGUGGGUUGAGGCCGGAAACAUUUGCACGAAUCUGACACAGCUUUGUUGGAAGCUGAAAAACAUCAAGAGUGAUUUAAAAACUUUAAACAGAGAGAAUUACUCAAACAUUCAAGAGAGAGUUACUAACGCUUACAGUUUGCUUCAAUCUGUGCAGGUUCAGGCUCUAUAUUCCCCCACUCCUCUUCUGUUCCAACAAGAGAGAGACCUUCACCAGAGGUGGUUGUUCCUAAGACUAAUUGAAGAGAGCUACUUAAGGCAAAAAUCACGAAUCAACUGGCUAAGUGAGGGAGAUUUCAACACUACCUUCUUUCACCGCAUGUGUCAAGUUUGGGAAAGCUACAAUGCCAUACGCUAUUUCCUCUAUAGCUCUGGUACACUUAUUACUGAUCCACAGGAGAUGAGCGACCUGGCGGUGGCGCAUUUCAGAUCGAUCGUGGGUCCGCUCAACUACCUGAGGCCUGGAGUCUGGUCCUCUCACUCGUGGUUCUCUGACCUUAUUCCCUUCAGAUGUACCCUGCAACAAUCACAACUCAUGCUACCAGUCCCUACUGCAGAUGCAAUUAGAGCGUUGUUCUUCAAGCUAAAUCCAAAUAAAGCCCCGGGGCCUGACGGGUUAACAUCUGGGUUCUUUAAAGCAAGCUGGGAAACUAUUGGAACGGAGGUGGUGGAUUCGAUUCAGAAUUUCUUCAUCACUGGUUUCCUACCUACUUCUACAAACGCCACUAUUCUAUCAAUGGUGCCCAAAUUCCCAAGAGCUACAAAAAUCUCGGAUUUCAGACCUAUUGCCUGUUUAAAUACGGUGUACAAGGUGAUUUCCAGGUUAUUGGUUGCGAGGUUAAAGCCCAUACUGGAAGACCUAAUCCUACCAUGUCAGACUGCAUUUGUCAAAGGGCGCUUGUUGGUGGAAAAUACAGUCCUAGCAGGGGAAUUGGUUCAUGGAUAUCACAAAAAUAAAGGGCCACCAAGAAUUACCAUAAAAGUAGACAUCGCGAAGGCUUUUGAUACUCUCUCUUGGGAAUUCCUCUUCACUUGCCUUGACACCCUGAACUUGCCUCGCCAUUUCAUCACUCUGCUCAAGGCUUGCGUCUGCAAAACAAGUUUCAUGGUUGGUUAUAAUGGCAUGGUGAAUGGUUAUUUCAAAGGGAAAAGAGGGCUGCGACAGGGAGAUCCUUUCUCUCCCUAUCUAUUUGUUAUAGCCAUGAAUUGUCUCUCUUUUAUGCUUAACUCUGCAGCUACUAAGGAGAAAAUCAAAUACCAUGCGAAUUGCAAGAAGUUGAAGAUGACGCACCUUUCUUUUGCGGAUGAUCUCCUCAUUUUUAUUGACGGCUCCAUAGAAUCCCUGCAACAGGUCUUGCAUGUUCUUAAAGAAUUUGAGCAGAGAUCGAGACUUGCUAUUAGCAUGCAGAAAACUAGCUUCUACGCCUCACGUAUCCCUGCCCAAGUCAUUGACACAAUCCAAGCCUCCACGGGCAUGUUAUGCGGGGAGCUUCCGGUCAGAUACUUAGGAGUCCCUCUCAACUCGAGGAAACUGACCCUUGUCACCUGUGAGCCCCUGAUCCAUCAAAUCAAAAAGAGACUCUCAUCAUGGUCAGUAAAAUCACUUUCUUUUGCUGGAAGACUUUUACUCAUAAAAACAGUGAUAGCCGGGAUCACUACCUUUUGGUGUGCUGCUUUUAUUCUCCCCAAAGCAUGUGUGAAAAGGAUUAACUCCUUGUGUAGUGUGUUUUUGUGGAGAGGGGAUAUUGAAAGUCAUAACACUGCUAGAGUGUCUUGGGAGACAGUCGUCUUGACCAAGAAGCAGGGAGUGCUUGGUGUAAAAGAUUUGCAGACAUGGAACAAGGCGUGCUGUUUAAAGUUGAUAUGGCUACUCUUCUUCAAGUCUGGCUCGGUAUGGGUGGCGUGGUUCAAAGAGGUGAUACUCAAAGGGUCGAUACACAACUACUGGACAACUAAACCUAAGGCAUCGUUCUCUUGGCUCGCAAAUAAGCUUAUAAAGCUCAAAGAUGAAGUCUUCCCGCUCAUCAAGGUUCGUUUGGAGAAUGGCCUGUCUGCAAGGUUUUGGUUUGAUAAUUGGUCGCCGUUUGAAAGAUUGGCUACCUAUCUCAACUUCGCUGGAUCAAGACUGGGCAUCCCACUAUCUGCUACGGUGGCUUCGCUGCAUAGGAACGGCUCCUGGCAUCUUCCACCUGCAAGAUCAGAGCAACAAACUCAACUUCAGAUUCAUUUAACAACUGUUAAUCUAUCUUCAGAUUCUGACUACUUUGAAUGGGAGAUUGGUGGCAAAGUCUCUGAUACCUACUCAACAGGGGAUGUCUAUACUUACUUAAGAGGUGUGGUAAAUGAAGUAGACUGGGCAGAAGUGGUUUGGAACUCCUACGGGAUCCCUCGUCACAACUUCCAUACGUGGCUUGUGCUCCUCGAUAGGUGCCCGACAAGAGAUCGAAUGCUUCAGUGGGGAUUAAGUGGCGAUGUGGCUACUCACCGAAUAGAUCAUGGCAUCACACUUUCUCACAGCUUCGGACCUUGCCGUCGGGCCGAUCUUCAAGACCACAGAAACUCCUCCUCCUCCUCGCUUGGCAGUCCACGAUCUAUUGAUUAUGGAAUGAGAGGAAUGCUCGGCUUCACUCCAACACCUUCCGUUCAAUAG